AUCUGCCAAAGCCCCGCCAUCGCGCCUAUCGAGCCAGCGAACGCGACAGAUGGAUCCCGCCGCAGUGUAAACAUCAACGUUGCCCGCGACCGUAUAUACUUUAUCACUACAUGUGCGCAGCGGCAGACGGAGGGAUGAAUAGACAAUAAAAAGCAAAGCAACCACCACCACCACCCACUCCCCAACCCUAAUUAAAUGUGACAGGUCCCGCAAGGCGCCACGGCCUGAGUGCUGGCCUGCAAGGCUCAUGGCCGCCCGCCGCCGCUAGGAAAAGUCACUUGCCGGUGCCCGUUCCUCUCAUGCGAAAGGCCCAGCACGACACGAAGGAAUGCGAUUCGACACGCUCUACACCCUCACUCCAUCCGCACUUUAACGGCGCAUCUGCUUAACCUGCUCGUUAUAUCUCCAUCUCCAGGUCAAGCCAGGUCUCCGUCGCACACAUGCCUGCUGCCGCCAUGACCCUGACCGCCGCCACCACUGCCUCUCCCGCGGCGCGCAAAACGGGUUCAGCGCCCGAGAAGAAGUACAAAUGCCAAUUCUGCAAUCGUGCCUUUAGUCGAAGCGAGCACCGCAGUCGUCACGAACGGUCGCACACAAAGGAACGCCCCUUCAAAUGCCACAAGUGCCGGAGCACCUUCGUGCGCCGCGAUCUACUUCUCCGUCAUGACCGCACAGUACACGCAAAGGACGGCGGCGUUCCACUGACCAGCGAGGUCAAGCGCCGAACAAAUGCAAAAGCCCCAGAAGUUCCAACAGCCGGUCCUGCCAAACCCACAAUGCCUGUAGAUCCGAGUCCUCUGGAACCCAUCGAGGUGGACCAUGAUGAGAUGGCGAUCGAGACGGCCGCCAUGCUCAUGACCGACUUCCAAGCUAAGGCUGCCAUGGCAAGUCAAGAGCCCGAGCAACACGACAGCGUCCUUCCACCGACCGCCCCAUCCAUGAUCGAUCAAUCGCCUGUUCAAUAUACAGCCCCAGGACAAAUGUCGCUGCCUCAAAUGCCUUGGGGUGACGAGCCUAUGGUUCCGGAUUCCAAGAUGGGCAACGGCGCACACGAUACUCAUCCUGCUUUCAACAGCGCCAGUGCUCUCAGUUCCCACCCGCACCAACUUCCUCAUCUCAUGGAGCGCCAAAUGUCAGGAAGCGAUGCUCUCGGGCCUACUUUCAGAUCGAUGAACGGGUCAUUACCCGGUGCUGACAUGGGAACGCCUGGCGCUCUUUCUCCUUUCCCCGGCAUGCUUGGCCCCGUAUCUCCCGUUGACUACCGACGUUCGCCUGGUCCUACCCAGGCUUUGAUGAUGACCAAGGCACCCCAACUCGAAUCGGAGGAGCAGUGCGCGAUGAUUAUGGAGAACGUCAAACAGUCGGACAGCGAGAAUGCGCUCCUCGAUACGUUCCACCUGCCGCCCCUGAACACAGUCAAUCGCCUCCUGAAGACGUACUUUGAUCUCUUCCACCAUCAUCUGCCCUUCUUGCAUCCUGCCACUUUCCAGCCUACCAAGGUGCCUGCGCCUCUCCUCUCCGCCGUCCUCUCUAUCGGCGCUCUGUACAUAUUCGACCAAGACCAGGCAUACAUGUUCCACAUUGGUUCCAAGGUUCUGGUCAACCAGUUCUUACAGAACAAGGAAAACUUCAGCUCCAGAAAGUGUCCCUUGUGGACAAUGCAGAGCACGCUACUCAACAUGAUCUUCGCAAGCUGGAGUGGCGAUCCGAAAGGUCUCGAAUGGGCUUGCUCCAUCAAGAGCUUGCUGGCGAACAUGGUCGCUGGAAACCGCUACGAGCUCAAGCUCCGUUCCGAAGCCAGGGACGGGGCUUCCCCCAGUCAUGAAGAAUGGAUCGUCGACGAGCAGUGCCGCCGCACUUACUAUGCCGUGUACAUCUUUUUCGGUCUCUUGACAUUGACAUACAACCACACCCCGGCUAUGGGGUUCAACGAGUUCGAUACCCUAGAGCUGCCUGCUUCUGAGUCACUUUGGACCAUGGAAGUGUCCGACGAGGAAUCGUGGCGCGAAAGUCUGUCGACAUCCAACAUCAUCACGUUCCGCCAGGCCCACGACAAUUUGUUCCAGGGAGAUCUAGCCCGCUACAGUGCAUUCGCCACUCGCGUUAUGAUCAAUGCCUUGUUCUUGGAAGUUUGGUAUCACAAGCGAAGCCCGGAAGCUCUCCAGGAUGUUGUAACCGAGUACAAGCUGAGACUCGCGCUGGAAACUUGGGAAAAGUCUUUGGAACUCUGCGAACCUGAAACUGUCGUUGUGCAGCUCAGUGCACCCCACAAGGGCCACCCACUCAUCUUCAACGCCAUGGCCAUGUAUCGAAACACCCGGACACGACUAGUUGUUGAUCUCAAGUCUGUCCAGGAAGCUCUCCGCUACCACGAUUCCUAUGAGGUCGCAGCUGCCAUGACCAACGCUCGCGACAAGGUCCAUCGCUCCCAAGAGAUGAUCAAGGUCAUUCAGGAAUGUUUUGAUUGCAUCGAGGUCGCAGCCUCGCAAGGUAUCCGUUGGGUUGCUCGCACGUCAGCUACCAACUGGAGUAUCGAACACCCUCUUACAGGAAUGGACUUGAUGGUCAUCCUCACCCUCUGGCUUUAUCGUCUCGAGCAUGAUGAAGAGCCCGCUACAGAAGAGGAACUGGCCAUGUACAACAAGCUGCGAAAUUUGUUCGACGAUGACUCUGUUGAUGUUUACGGUGCUAAAUUAAGCUCAACCGUGGCACGUCUUUGGGGUAGUAUGAUUGAUGAGGUGGUAGUAUGGGGUAUUACCAAACUCAUGGGCGAAGCCUUCAAGCUGCAUUCGCAAGCCCUCGUUGGCUACGAAGAUGCCAUGUCGGAACGUUCCGGAUCCGCCACGCCUUCCAUGGCUGCCAGCGGCGUGCAAGUGCUAGAGAUGCAGAUGGCAUACUAGUAUUCUGUUGUGCCACUUAUGACUUAUGACCUUCCAUUCUUGUCUCCAAUUCACUAGACUGACUUUACCGCUCAGUUUCCCGCCAUGCCCUUUCGAAAGAGAAGCAUGUGUCGGAAGCCGUGGUCGGUUUUCAUAUUUGCGGUGCAUAUCUGGUGCGGCUCAUUGUUUCAUUGCUUCAUUCCGAUUGUUUCCUUUCUCGAUUCAAGACCCAGGGUAAUUAUGGCGCAUUGGGGGUGGUCAAGUCCAUUUUCUACACUUCCGGGCUCGGGCCAUCCUCCACGGCCGUGGGGCCGCUCAAUAAUACCUUUCCUACUCUCCUUUUCAUCAUACCCAUGGACCUUUUGCUGGAAUGUUUCUAUGGCUGGCCCCAUGAGCGCAUUUGUUCCGCCUCGGUCUAUGCUACAGUACGCAUCACUGACUGUGCGCACAACCGCUUAUCUUGGCUUGAUCCUUUUUUCUUCCUUGAGUGCAUUUCUUUGCCCUUUUUGCCUGUUUUCUGUUUUCUUUUUUUUUUCCUGAUGUGUUUCUUUUUCUUGUUUUUGGUUUCCCACUACAUAUACCACUAUAGCUUGAUUCCGUUUGUUCGAGUGAAGGGGGCGUUGGCGAGAGUGGGUGAUGUGAGGUGUGAGAUAAUGGUAUAUUUGGUGGUGGUGCGGUCUAAAAUAAUUCUGUAUAAA